ACUUAAGGAACACGAUGAUCAAAACAAAGGUCGUCGUAAAGGACAUCCCGAGGUCGACAUGGCGUCUGCGGUGCCACCCACAAAACGAGGAUGAAGCACAAGAUUUUAUAAAAAGGAACCAAGGAGUGCGCAGACCUUAUCAUUUCAUCUGGUUGCUCAUUCGUCACGGCUGGCAAGAGCAGGUGUGGUCGACCGCCGUCGCGAUCAUGUACUACUUAUCUAUCCUGCUGCGGAUCCCACUUUUUCAUGGCCUGCUCGCGGGUGGUAGCGUCGGCCUCUCCUUCAACCAAGCCGUGCUAUUGCUGGUUGCGUCGUGUGUUGCGGAGGGCUGCGUGUGCAACUUCUGCGUCACGCUUUCCGUCCGGUGCCAGACCAGAGCUCAACUACUGCUGCAGACGGCUGUUUUCAAAAAGGUGACCUGCCUUUCAGCCGCCGGUGUAGCGGCCAGUCCAUCCGGCUUCGUGUCUACACUGCUCAUCACUGAUCCCUGGGUGGUGUCUAUCUACACCAAUUUCUUAGCGAACGCCGUCAUAGGCCUUCUCUGUAUUCCGGUCGUCUUGUCUGCGCUGGCACACGAAAUGGGCUACGAACCCCCCUGCGCCUGUUUAGCCUGGAUAGUGGCGGUCGCAUUGGCCUGCGUGGUCAUAGAACCGCUGCUCUACAAAAGAUACAGAGUGCUGUACAGGUUUCGAGACGAACGCCUAAAGAAGUUCACUGACUUCCUUCUAUCCAUAAGGUCUAUCAAAAUGUCCGCCCUCGAAGAUGUAUUUAAGAAAAGCCUUCUUCAUCUGAGAUUAAAGGAAAUUAACCAAGCCUACCGUGUCAACACUCUGGAUAUGCUUCUCGAAACAUUGUUUAGUGCGUCGAGCACGCUGAUGAUAAUCAUUGCAUUUGGAACGUUGACUUUUACGAAGCCAGAGGCCAUUUUCAGUCCCGCUGCCAUGUUUUCAUGUGUAUACACGCUCACAAUAAUGGAGACUUUGUCAACAGGUGCUCCGCACGUCAUCAGGCUAAAAAGCCCGGCGUUCCGGAGCUGUAGAAGAUUAAUGACCUUUUUAAAAGAGGAAGAGUACAGUAGGGUGGAAGCUGAAAACCGACAUUCUCGUAACGUCAAAGUCGGCGAGGUCACAUUGAAGGACUGCUCUUUCGCUUGGGCCAAGAGGGACAAACAAGUUGACGAUCCUGUCUUGGAUGAUAUUAACCUGCAAAUUGAGCCCGGCUCGUUCGUUGGCAUCGUGGGCCCAGUGGGCAGCGGCAAGUCUUCCCUCCUGUCAGCCAUCGUUGGAAACAUGAGACAGCUGAGUGGCGCUGUCUCUCUCAACGGCUCAAUCGGUAUUGUGUCUCAAGCGCCACAGAUAUUAAACAUGUCUAUACGAGACAAUAUAAUCUUCGGGCGGAAGUUUGAUGAGUUGUACUACGCGAAAGUUGUGGAAGCUUGCCAGCUCUGUCGUGACAUCAACAUGAUGCCAGCAGGAGACCUCACCGAAGCCGGGGAUAAGGGUGAAAUGCUGAGCGGCGGCCAGAAGCAGCGAGUGGCGCUAGCACGGGCAGUGUACUCCUGCAGUGACAUCUACCUGCUGGACGAUCCGACCAGUUCCCAAGACGCUCGCGUGGCACAACGCAUCGUGCACCAAGUACUCGCACAAGGUGGCCUCCUUGCUAGCAGGACACGAGUCUUGGUGACCAACAACUUAAGGCUGCCCUUAUCUCCAAACCAAUGGUUGUUAAUGCACGAGAAGAAAGGAAUCAUGUUUCGUGAUUUGAAAGAAUUGAAAGACCACCCCGGUGCACCAGUUGAAUUAUUCGAAAACCCGACUUCAAGGCGUCUACCGGAACGCACAAACAGCUUGAAACACAGCGAACCAUAUUUAGAAGAAAACGAGGAGAAAUUGAAGGUCAUCAAAGAAGAAGGAAUGCCAAACAAGGGAUUCUUUGAAAUCGUGCGAGCGUACUUCAAGUACUCUGGCUCUUGUGCGCCGGCGGCACUGCUAUUCUUGGCAGCGAGUGCCGUAUUUGUGGCCUGUCAAAUGCUUUGCAUUAAAGCCUGGGCGGCGACGAUGAUGAGCGACACCCUAAACACGAUGAACUCGGGGCGGAGCAUUCUUUGUUGGCUCGCCUUCUUUUGCUUGGGAGAUGUUAUCCUAAGGCUUAUCGGGGGCAUGCUGUUGGCUCGCGCCAACCACCACCGUUCGCUGAAGCUUCAUGCCGACAUGCUGGAGCGCGUAGCCGGCAGCGCGCUCUCUUUCUUCGACGCUACGCCAAGGGGGCGGACCUUCAAUCGUUUCUCCGUGGAUCUGGAUAUAAACGACACUCGUGUAUUUGUGUUCUUCAAGCUGCUCCUGCAGAACCUCCUUUACGUGUUCGCACGUCUCGCUGUGAUUGGAACCCAGGCGCCCUUGGUGUUCGGCCUUACUCUUUGUGCGCAGAUUAUCUUGCUAUUUUGCAUGCGCUAUUUGAUACGGGCCACGACGUUUGGACGCCUCUACGAAAGCAACUGCCUGUCUCGAGUACUCCAGCACCUGACCGAGACACUCGAUUGUGCAAGCCUGAUACGCAGCUGCGGUGUCAUGGAACGUUUCUGCGCUCGGUCCCGCCGAUUCAUAACUACAUACCUGGAGGCGUUCAACGUGUUUAUCUACUGCUUCGCUAUGGGCCGUCUCAUCAGUACCAUCUGCGCCCUAGUGGUCAUAGUGCUCACCGUAGCUAUAAUCGUUGCACCAGGCCAUGAUGACCCAAGUUCUGCUGCAAUGGCCGGCCUGUCCCUGUUGGCAGCAUUCACGGUUCCAUUUGCUAUGGUGAUGACUUUCCUAGGCGGCUUCUGGAACGCGCAGGGUGACGCUGCUUUCCAGAGGACUCUGGAAUAUACGGAAUUACCUUUGGAAAAGGAAUUUCUUACAAAGCGCAAAGAUUCCACCGGUCACCCAAAACACAGGAGUCCCCGGAUUUUUGUUCAGCCCUACGAUGACUUGUGGCCCAGUAAAGGGGUCGUGAGAUUUGAAAAUUUCAGCGCCUCCUAUCGACCGGGGAUCACCGACGACACGCUCAAAGGAAUAUCCUUUGUAGCAGAAGCGGGACAGAAGUUGGCUGUCGUGGGGAGGACGGGUGCCGGAAAGUCAUCGCUUGUACUUGCACUUCUGCGUAUGAUCCAGCGCACAUCAGGAAUGAUCACCAUUGAUGGAAUAGAUAUACACACGCUUCCAUUGAGUCGCCUUCGUACUGUAAUUAGCGUUAUCCCACAGGACUACUCCAUGUUUACUGGCACGCUACGUGAAAACUUGGACCCACACGGCAGCCACUCAGAUGAAGUCCUCUGGAGAGUUCUUAGGAGCGUGCACCUAAGUGACUUCGUCGAAACGACCCCUGAGGGGCUGUCAUUCUCCGUGUCUCAAAAGGGAGAAAACCUGAGUGCCGGUCAGCGACAACUGGUGGCGCUCGCGGGCGCCCUCCUGCGAGACACAAGAAUUCUGGUGCUGGACGAAGCAACUUCCCAGAUGGACUCCGACACGGAGCGCAAGGUGCAGACGACUUUGAGGGAGAGCUUCGCGCACUGCACCGUUAUCACGAUAGCGCACCGCAUCGACACCAUACUAGACUACGACAGAGUCGUCGUCAUGGGUGAGGGUCGAGUGCUGGAGUUCGGCGGUGUACGAGAUCUGCUGACCAACCGAUGUUCCGUGUUUCGCAGCAUUGCUAUCAGCGCUGGAAUUGACGUCGAGAAAAGAAUACCGAGCAUGAAAUCAAAAUAAAGAUGACAUCACCAUCUGGACAAAGGUGAAUCCCCAGGAGCUUAACAGGAUGCACUUUAAGAAGCCGUGGAUCGUAUAGAAAACUAUCUCAAGGGUUGUCAGUUCGCGUGCGCACCGGAAAAAUCGGGGCUUCUCAUACUAAAAGCGAGAACCAGGGGAAGACCGCCAGAAAGGUGAAAUAGGAGAACCAGAACUCUGUCCUAACGGAGUGCAAAUCGAUGAAGCAGAAUCACUCAAAAUCUUAGGCCCACGUCUGCACAAGGACAGACCGGGCGCCACCACCCUACCCAAACCGCAAGAAAUCCUCACGCAAAACGCACAAUUGGCACGACGGGUAGCAAACAGAAGAUAAGGCUUGAAAGAACUAGAUGCAGUAAGAAUUAUUCAAGCCCUCAUCUCACCAUCAGCAAAAUGACCUAAGGCACCCCUUACAUAGACCUGAACAAAAACUAGACACCGUCAUCCGGAAGGCCUUCAAGAUUGCCAAUGGGAUCUCCGAACGCAACUCCAAACAACGACUACUCCGCUCAGGUGUCGACAACAGCUGGGAGGAGCUGGCGGAAGCAAACAAAGUUAACCAACUCGAAUGUCUCACUUACUGAAAUAGUAAAGGCAACACUCACAAGAUUAGGAUAUGCUAAAGUUAUGCAACUGCUCAACGAGAAAAGGAUAAUCCCAGAGACAAUUCGACAGUGCAUCUCCGUAGCCCCCGUUCCAAGAAAUGCGCAUCCAACCCACCAUGAAGGUAAAAGAAAAGCCAGAAUAGAGACUCUCCGAAAAACCUAUGGACGACAUCCGGACACACGAUACACCGAUGCAGCGAUAUACCGAUACAGGAACUCCGGCCCACGCGAUCAAUGCCGUCGACAGACAGAGUAAAGAGGGAACAGCAGCUGGCAUUUUAACAAGAGAAACGGAUACGGUAGAAGAAAGAGGAAUAGCCAUGGCCUUGUCAACCUGUGAGGAGGAAACAGGAAGGUGAUAGACACCUAGCCUGCUUGAGUUUUUUAAAUAUGGUAAUCAUGCGUUUCAUUUUUUUGUUUCAUUAUAUGGAUCAUUCCAUGCCAACU